GCGAGACGCUCCUCAGAAACCCGGAAGUGUGAAACCAGUCGCUCAGGCGUGUUUAACAGCGAAAUCGAAAGUGUUUGAAAGACGUCUGGAUUCAGUUCUUUGUGCACACAAGACCUGCUGAAGGUCAUGAUGAGCAUCUGAUUGUUUUCAUAAACCAGUGUGUUCAUCUGCGGUAUGUCAGAGAAGCGAGGAAAGAUGAGUCUCUCACAGAAACAAGGUGUAAGAUCAGGAUCACAUGUGUCCAGCUCUGUGUCUGUGAAGAGUGACCAGUCAAAAGAUGAUCCACCGAACUUCAGUGAGAAAGAAACAUCAUCUACCAAAAGUGUAAGAUCAGGAUCACAUGUGUCCAGCUCUGUGUCUGUGAAGAGUGACCAGUCAAAAGAUGAUCCACCGAACUUCAGUGAGAAAAAAGCGUCAUCUACCAAAAGGGUUCAAUAUGAGACAUUAGAUUCAGACGUCAAAACUCACAGGAACUACAAAAAUUUUAAAGACAAUCUCCUGCAGAUCUUCCAGGAUCUUGAAAGAAAAAUUCUCACAUUUCUGAAGAAUGAGCUGCAAAAGUUUAAGAAAAUAUUACAAAAAGAAGACAUAGAAUACUUUGUGAGGGAUUUUAAUGAGAACAGAUGCAGAAACAAAGUAGCAGCUCUUGAUCUCACGCUCUACUUCAUGAGAGAGAUGAAGCAAGAUGAAGCUGCUGAGACUCUAGAAGAUGAACUGUUCUUCAUUCAUCAGCUAAAAUGUAGCCUAAAGAAAAAAGGAAAGCUGUUCAACUCUGGCAACAGUCCUGAGAUCAAACUCCAGUCUGAAAGAGCUUGA